AUGGGACAUAAGACUAUUGAGUGUCGCAACAAGAUCAAAGAUGAGAAGCAUCAAACGAAUCUCACUGAGGAGGAUCUCGUUGCAAUGGUGACUGAGGUCAACAUGGUUGAAGACCAUACUAGCCCUAACUUUAUCUCUCCCUCUCUCUCUCGCGAUCCUCUUCUCUUCCUCUCUCUUUCUCUCGAUCUUUUUUCUUCUUCUCUGCCUCCGAUUCACCGGAGAUCCACCGUCUCUCCUCCUUCUCCUCCGUCCCUAACCAAGGCUUGGACGUCGCGUCUCUCCUCCUUCUCCUCUUACUUCCUCCGAUUCUGCAAUCUCGGGUUGCUUCGCAACCACACCAAAGCUCUCUGCCUCUCCGCUGGCGCCGGACACGCUCCGAUGGCGAUGGCCCAGAUCGGGUUAUCUGACGUUACCGCCGUGGAGUUGGUGGAUUCACUUCCUCUCGUGAGAAGAGCUGAUCCUCAUAACCUUUCUUUUUUUGACGGUGCGUUUGAUUUCGCGUUUACUGCGUAUCUUGAUGAUGCUCUGUUUCCGUGGAGGGUCGUGGAGGAGAUGGAGAGGACGGUGAGGCGAGGCGGGUUUUGCGUGGUGGCAGUUGAUGAAUGCGGUGGGGAUGAUGUUAGGGAGAUUGCUAGACUGUUCUUGAAGUCUAAGCUCGUUGAUGUUGCUAAUGUAACCAUAGAAGGAUCCAAAAGGACUAGUAUACUACUCAAAGUUCAAGACUUUAAGACAUGACUGACUCUGUUUUUGUCUUAUCAAUGUUUGGUUUUUUAAAGUUUGUGCAUUAUAUCUAAUCCUUUUAUAUAUGACUGUGUUUAUCUUAUAUUGCAUGCCUUCUACUGAGUUUGAUUCUAAAGAUUGAUUAAGACUCUGCGCACGCUGGUUCAAAAACUCUCAAGCACUUCUAAGCCUCAUUGCAUCUUUACAUAGCAUAUAUUGAAUAACUAGGCUAAUAACCUCUUAAGAGGUGCUACUUGUUUCUGGAACAGAAGAUGUCUCCUCCGGCUGAGCCUCACUGGCUGUAGUUUCCGGCAGUGAAGUUUCUUGCCGAGCCACCGGUGGAGCUUCAGUGAGGAUAGGAUGGAUGAAACCUUUAGCUUCCUUCAUCUUCUGAGUCUCUUUGUAAAUGACAGGAACGAACAUGGAAGAGGCUCUAUUGGUCCUAGGAUGGAUGAAACUGGCCCUUAUCUUCCCACCGAGAAGGUUGAUCAAUUGCAAAGUUCUGAUACAAGGGAAAGGAAGGUAGUCUUGCUGCAACUUGGGCUCUAGCUAAUCUAUAUUAUCUUGCAUGUUAGAAACCUCUUAUAAGGGUUUAUAAAACCAUUUAUAAGAACUUACAAAUCAUUUAUAAGGUUUUAUAAAUAUAUUUAUAAAAGUUUAUGAAUCUGUAUAUAAGGGUCUAUAAAAAUAUUAUAAGAGUUUAAUAUUCUUCAUACCACAAUUUAUAAGAGUUAAUAAAUCUUUUUCAAGAGUUUAUAAAUCUUUACAAAACUUUAGAAGUAAAUAUUCAUAAAGCUAUUAUAAUUGUCUAUAAUUCUAUUAUAAAUGUUUGUAAAUUAUUUAUAAGAAAUAAAAGAUUAUAAUGGUUUAUAAAACAAUUAAUAAGACUUUAUAAUAGUUUAUAAAAUCAGUCUAUAAGGCUUUCUAAAUAAAUUAUUAAAGUAUAAUUCAUUAUUAAGAAUUUAUAAAAUCAGUCUAUAAGGCUUUAUAAGGAUUAUAAAUAAUUUAUAAAUGUUCCUAUAAAUUAUUUAUAAACCUUUAUAAAAUCACUUAUAAGAAUAUACCAAAUAUUUAUAAGGUUUUAUAAAAUCAUUUAUAAAUAUUUAGAAAGGUAAUUCAUUUAUAAAGUCUUAAAAAUCAUUUAUAUGAAAAUAUAUAAACUUUUUAUAAGGGUCUAUAAAUCAUUUAUAAGAUUUAUUUAAAAUUAUAUAAUUACAAAGUUUUUUUUCGUGGAACAAAAGACUGUCAUGGAAGAUCAGAUCCAAUUAAAGAAAUACAGUAAUGAAUCGUUGAAAUUGUACUUGUUGAUUGAUGUUAUGGUUUUGGUUUUUGCCUUAGCUCCAGUGGAUGGAGGAGCCAACUCUGCUUGUCACUCGAUUCGAGUAUGCAAGUAUGUUCCAUACCGUGACAGAUUGGUACAGCGCUUAUGUUUCCUCUAGAGUCACUGGUUUGCCUAAUCGUCCACACGUUGUUUUCGUCCAUGGACACUGCACGGUACACUCCUCUUCUUUUUAGUUACUUUUCGUUAGAUGAAUCUAGUAGGAGUUUUCAUGUCCAUGUUGUGAAACAUUUUAUUGCAGACGCAGCUGGAAGAAACAUGGACGGGUUUGUUUUCAGGGAUCAGAUACGCAAAGAACUUCACCAAACUGGUUUGUUUCCGCCACACCAUUCUUUCACCGUUGGGAUACGAAAUCACGCUUUUCAAUGGCUUGUCCGGAGAGAUUGACUGCAACGGAGAAUCACCUCACAGUUUGUGGCUAGACCCUGACAACACAAAAACCGCGAGGCUCUCAGAGGUGGUUUCAUUGCUCAAAUGCCUACGCUAGUAGCAGAUUUUCCGGUUAUGGAUGCUUCUAUGAGCUUAUCGAUGGAUGCUAUAAUAAAUAGGUUAGGCAUCCAAAUCGGCCGUAGUCAUUAGAUGAAAGCUAUUUACAUGGAGAUGCAUUACGAUUUAUAAGCCUUUAUAUAUAAUUUUAUGGUUUCUUUUCAAUUUAAAUAAUUUUAUAAGGUUUUAUAAGUUAUUGAUAAUAUUAUAUUCACUGUUUAUAAGACUAUAUAAAUUAUUUAUAAACCUUUAAAGUGAUAUAUAAACAUCUUAUAAAUGAUCUAUAAAUCAUUAUAAAUGAUUUAUAAACCAUUACAAAUGAUUUUUAAUAUCUUAUAAACAAUUCAUAAACCCUUAUAGUAAUGCGUAAACCCUUAUAAAUGAUUUUAAAUGGUUUAUGAAUUUUUAUAAGUGAUAUAUAUACCUCUUAGAAAGGAUAUAUAAAUCAUUAUAAAUAACUUAGAAACCAUUACAAAUGAUCUAUAAAUCCUUAGAUUAUUUAUAAACCUUUAUAAAUUAUAUAUAAUUCCUUAUAAAUAAUUUAUACACCAUUA